AUGGAUUUAUCCUUGAAGCUCAUCUUUCUCUCCUGGCUUUACCUGGAAGCUUCAGGGGAGUUUGACGGAAGGUGGCCCAGGCAAAUAUUUUCCACGACUGGACUGUGCCGUUUUGGAAGCCGUGUGGACUGCUGCUGGGGCUGGGUCCGCCAUUCGUGGGGCCAAUGCCAACCUGUAUGCCAACCUGGAUGUAAACAUGGGGAAUGUAUUGGACCAAACAAAUGCAAGUGUCAACCAGGAUACAGUGGAAAAACAUGCAAUCAAGCUGAGCACUUGUACGAAACGUCACUCGACUGGCCCAGUGAACCACCUUUUUUCAUCCCUCUGGAUCAUCAGGCAGCAAAUUUUCUACUGAGGGAUCUCAAUGAAUGUGGACUGAAACCAAGACCAUGUAAACAUCGGUGCAUGAAUACCUAUGGCAGCUACAAGUGUUAUUGUCUGAAUGGGUAUAUGCUUAUGCCAGAUGGAUCGUGUUCUAAUGCCCUCACAUGUUCCAUGGCAAACUGCCAGUAUGGCUGUGAUGUCGUGAAGGGAGAGGUACGCUGCCGUUGUCCGUCACCAGGGUUACAAUUAGCACCUGAUGGUAGAACUUGUAUUGAUGUUGAUGAGUGUGCCACUGGGAGAGUGACCUGUCCUCGGUUUAGGAAGUGUGUCAACACAUUUGGAAGCUAUAUUUGCAAAUGUCACAAAGGCUUCGAUUUGAUGUACAUUGGAGGCAAAUACCAGUGCCAUGAUAUUGAUGAAUGCUCACUUGGCCAGCAUCAGUGUGGAGAAUUUUCCCAUUGUUACAACACACAAGGAUCCUAUAAGUGUAAAUGUAAGGAAGGAUACAGAGGUGACGGCAUGAACUGCAUGACUAUUCCCAAAGUUAUGAUCGAUCCAUCAGGCCCAUAUACUGUAUUUAAGGGCAAUACUACCUUUCCUAAAGGUAGUGGUGGGAUGACCAAUAGGAUACCUGAAAUUGGAGGCACAAAGCACCCCGUCAAAACUCCGCAUGUACCAGCUACAGUGAGACCUGCGCCCAGGACAACAAUAAAGCCUACCCCACGUCCAACCACGAGGCCAACACAAAAGCCCUUUACCAGAUUUGUAACAAAGCCUGCAACGACAAAACCAGCAUGGAAGCCAGCAACAAGACUUCCACCAGUAACGAGACCUUUGCCAGUUACAAGACCUCCAACACCACCCCCAACACCACUCAAGCCCACCACCGCACAAAUACCAAGACUUACAACUAAAGAGCCUCAGCUUGUUCCUACUAUUGCAACACCUCCACAGGGAUUUACAGUUGACAACAGGAUACCAAUUGAUCCUCAGAAACCACGAGGAGAUGUGUUUAUCCCACGCCAACCUGGAGUGAGCAAUAAUCUCUUUGAAACAUUUGAAAUUGAAAGAGGGAUUAGUGCCGAUGAGGACAAAGCCAACGAUGAUCCAGGUGUUUUUGUUCACAGCUGUAACUUUGAAAGUGGCCUCUGUGGAUGGAUGAAGGAGAAAGAUGAAGAUUUGCAUUGGGAAACUGUUAAAGAUGCCUCAGGCGGACAGUAUUUAUCUAUCUCAGAGCCCAAAGGCAAAGCAGGACGAGUUGCACGCUUGGUUCUUCCUCUUGGCCAUUUAGCUCAUCUGGGGAAUCUGUGCCUGUCCUUCAGGCAUAAAGUGUCUGGGCUGCAUUCAGGAUUGCUCCAAGUCUUUGUGAGAAAGAUCGGUGCUCACGGUCCAGCAAUUUGGGGGAGGAACAGUGGUCAUGGCUGGCGGCAAACACAGAUUACCUUGCAAGGAUCUGGCAUCAAAAGUGUCAUUUUUAAAGGUGAGAAAGGAAAAGGAAGAACCGGUGAGAUCGGAUUGGACGAUGUGAGUUUGAGGAGAGGCCAUUGUUCCCAAGACCACUAGUGGUACAGACAGACUGGCAAAGGACGUGCUUGUAUUUCCCCAUGCCUCCUAGGUGGGAGGGCCAGUGGGUCGACGACGACUUCUCUCAUUAGUGUGCUUUUGUGAGAUCCAUUGAAGCUCCAUCUGAAUAAGGCAAUUUUUUUUUUUUUGAAAGGGCAAAGUGAUAUUUGGGUAUUUCCAUUAACAGUUUUCCUGUUCACAUUGUACAUGUGAAAAGGAUAUCCAUGUUCUUCGUGAAGAAGAAGGCGUCAUAAAAAAGGAGUCUUUGGCACAUUCGGCAGUUUCAUUCAUGUGUUUUCUAUUUUGCUGACCAUACAGUGGAACUGGUUCACCUCUACCAACUGAAACUAACUCAGGCUUAGACUUAAGCUUUGGUUGUUCUACUGCCACUUUUAAAGAAGGGUGUGUUUAUAUAUAUAUAUAAAUAAAAUAGCAUUUAUUGCUUAUUAUCAAGAGACAGUUAUGAUAGAGUAGGCACUGCAUCCCUUAAUAUUGGUAGUGCUGUGUUGUGUAUAAAUGUGUAUGAUUGAUGUAUUUAUACGUGUUGUGUAUUUACAAAAUCUAGGUGCAAAAUAAAUGGCAGCUGUGCAUGCCCAGCCUAGACUAGAACCUACAACCACUGAGAGCUGUGGAGGGAGUCGCCUCAUCACAACCUCUUGUCACCUUGCUAGUAGCUAAUGGCUUUUUUUGUCACAAAAAACACCAGAUUAUUUUAUAUGCUUGCAAAGUGACUGAUCAACAAAGGCAGAAUCUUCGUUAUAUACACAUGAAUGCAAUGGCAAGCUAGAUGCUAACUUUGGUUUAUUCAACCCUACUGGUCUUCUGUCUGAUGGGAGGAAUCACUCCUAAUAGGAAACCAUGUCAAAUCCUGGACUAACAGGGUGCUUUUUUUGAUUUUAAUAGCCACAUGGCAAGGAGAGCUCUGUGGCUUCCCAGCAGAUGUUAAAGGCAAAUGAACUCUUCUGGGCCAAGAACGGGCCACUUUGAAUAUGGGCUGCAGUAGGCAGACAUCCAGCUGUUGUUUUGGGCUGUAUACAUCACUGCCGCCUUUUUGCUUUGGUCUGCUUUGACAACAUCUUUCCACAGGUGAUCUGAGCUGCAUGAGCAGAAUGAGACUGGACUUCUGUUGUUACAGAAAGUAGCAGUAGGGAGUAGCCAUACAACCGUGCAACUUCCCUUGCUCUGCUUCUCAGCGGCAGUGAACCCUUCACAGAGUUAAUAAUUUCAUGAUCUGGAUCGUAUUGAUCAGCUCC